AAAUAUAUUUUUACCGAUCAUCUCUUACCACAUCGCGAAUGUGCGACUGAAUGUAUGAAUCUUCCUUUUAUUUAUCUUUUGUUUUUACUUCCCUGUUACAAAUACUUGCCGCUUUCGGCUCCCUUUCUGCCGAUCGAGAACGCCAUUUCCGACAAGAUCAGAAUCAGCUGUUGCCGAUGAUGCGUGGCAUGAAAGCGUUCGUUAACAUCUUUGGCAGAUGUAUUUGGACAGGGCCACGUUUUUGUUGCAACACGACUCCUCAAGACAGAAAUGCCUGCAAGCACACAGAUUGCCUACAGCCAGAUAACAGAACAAUGGACAUGGCUAAGAAACCUUUGCGUGAUCUGUAUCCUGAAAGUGAGCCCUAUGACAGCGGAUGGUUGCAAGUGUCAGAUAUUCACAAGCUGAGCUAUCAACAGUAUGGCAAUAGCAAAGGAAAAGCUGCAGUGUUUUUGCAUGGAGGCCCUGGAGCUGGUGUGGGCCCUUGUGAUCAUCGAUUUUUUGAUCCAGAAGUCUAUAGAGUUAUUCUGUUUGAUCAACGAGGAGCUGGCAAGUCAACACCAGCAGGUGAACUGAAGGAGAACACAACCUGGGAUUUAGUAGAGGAUAUAGAGAAGCUGAGGAAGCACUUGAACAUAGACCGCUGGGUGGUCUUCGGUGGCAGCUGGGGCUCAGCACUAUCACUUGCAUAUGCACAAGCACAUCCCAGCAGGGUGAAAGCCCUUGUUUUGAGGGGUAUAUUCACCGUCAGAAGAAAGGAGCUGGAAUGGCUGUAUGAAGACAAAGGAGGAGCAUGCAUGGUGUAUCCAGAUUGCUUUGCUGCCUACAAAAACUUCAUUCCUCACGCAGAGCAAAAAGAUUUACUACAUGCAUACUACAGACGCUUGAUAAGUGAUGAUGAAAAAGUGAGAAUUGAUGCUGCAAAACACUACGCACGUUGGGAAAUGUCAUUGGGAGCCUUGCUUGGGGAUGAAGAAGGCCUUAAGGAUGCAGAAAAGGAUGAGUGGUCUCAGCAGUUUUCUCGGAUUGGAUGUCAUUACUUCAUCAAUGGAGGCUUUUUUGUGUCUGACACUCAACUUCUAGAUAAUGUGGACAAAAUACGACACAUUCCAGCCACCAUAGUUCAGGGGCGGUAUGACAUUGUGUGCCCCACCGAAACAGCUUGGCUACUUCACAAGUGCUGGCCAGAAGCUGAAUUCUUCAUUGUUCAAGAUGCAGGACACCUAGCAUAUGAGCCUGGCAUCACUUCACGUCUAGUGGAAGCAGCAGACAAGUACAAGUCACUGUGAUAACUGAACUGUGCUCAUCUAAAAUAAGAAAAUUAAAGUUGCUGGAUUUUU